AUGGCAGUGGCAAAAUACUCGGCUCUUGCUCUGAUUGCGUUUCUGGUUUCUCCGAUCAUGGUGAUGGUGAUGGCAAAUCAGUCAUACGAAGUUGACUGGUCAAUUGGAGUUGAUUUCACUGAUUUUGCUACUCAAAAUACUUUCUUUGCUGGAGAUGUAUUAAAUUUUCAUUACGAUAGCGCUAGUCACAAUUUGCUUAUAGCAACAGAUAGUGAUGCAUUUGAUCAAUGCCAGAUGACACCGAACUUGGGUUUUUAUAAAAGUGGCAAUGAAGCAUUAACCUUGGUUGAACCUGGAAACUAUUAUUUCAUGUGUGAGUAUAAUUGCAAAUCUGAUGGCAUGAAGAUGUCAGUGUAUGUGAACAAUAUGUAA